UAUGCAAUCAAUGUGUCUUUGAUUGCGUCAUAGAUACUUGAAGGGGAAGUAUUUUGUUAUUUUUUUUGUUUUUUGUAAAUAAACGUUUUAGGAUGUAUUUGAACUCGAAAUUAAAUGUACUGAAUAUGAAAUCUAAAGCACUGUUGUAAAUGACCAGUUUGUAAGGGCUUGUUUUACUGUACAUCUAGUAACUAUGAAAAUGAAGUCUUUUUGUAAUAUUUACUGUACAUGGAAUUGUGUUGCUAUCUGAUUCGUCCACGUCAAAAGCAUAUCUACAUAAUACAUUGUACUUUUUCGUAGUUAUUUUUUGAUUGUCACAUCCGAAAAUGGAUAUCCAAGGAAGAUACAAUGUUCGGAGUCCUGCAGUUAAAAGGUUAAUGCGAGAAGCGUGUGAAUUGAAGGAUUCCACGGAAGAAUACUGGGCACGCCCACUAGAUGACAACUUGUUCGAAUGGCAUUUUACUGUGCGUGGACCGCCGGCUACCGACUUUGAAGGUGGAGUGUAUCAUGGAAGGAUAAUACUACCAACGGAGUAUCCCAUGAAACCUCCAAAUAUAAUACUGUUAACACCAAAUGGAAGAUUUGAAGUAAACAAAAAGAUUUGUUUAAGCAUAUCUGGCCAUCAUCCAGAAACAUGGCAACCCUCGUGGUCCAUACGUACUGCUCUUCUUGCACUGAUAGCAUUUAUGCCAACUCCUGGAAGUGGUACAAUUGGAUCUUUAGACUACACACCAGAAGAAAGGAGAAAACUAGCCCGUAGGUCACAGCAGUGGGAGUGCCAGAACUGUGGAAAGAUUUGUGAGCACUUGUCAAAUUCAACAUGCUUACCACCAACAAAAGAAGAAUCAAACCUUAUAAAGCAAAUAGCUCUGAAGGGAGAGGAACCAUCCGAGAGUGCAGAUGGUACUUUGCGACAGCGCCGAGCAGAUGUUGCGACAGCAGAACUAGUCCAGCAAGGUAUUCCAGCUGAACAAAUGGCUGGUUCUGACAGGAGUUCAGCUGCCAGUAGUGAUUCUCGAGGAAUGACUGUUCUUGUUUGGUUUCUGCUUGUAGCUAUUGCAUUUCUUAUUGUGCGGAGGGUGUUCCUCCUUUAAUUUACUUCUGCUUGUUUACAGCUUUCUGUAAAGAGAGAUUUAUUAAAAAUAUUGCAUUUAUUAAA